UUGGCUUGACACCAGUCCCUUCAUUAUUGACGGUACUUCCUGACUCUUGCCGGGGCAGUGCCGCAAAGCCGCUGCCUCUUGCGCCGACGGAACAGCCAGCAGCCCAGGCACAAUUGCAUGCAUAAACUGCUCACUAAACCUUGGCAAGCUGCGCCUCUGAGUCUCCAAUCAGAAGCUCAAAUGGCUGAUGAUCUUCCACCAAACCAGCGGUGUGGCAGUGCCAUGAGCGCUCUCUCCAGACUGUGUGGAAGGGUUCUGAUGCCAGAUGGGCAUGGGUCUGUACGUCAAGCUUGCUUGAAAAGCAUUAAGCUCUCGGGAGUUACGAUUAUGACGAGAGAACUCUAUUAAGUGCAGUAAGUGGUUCUCGAGACGUUUUGGGUUUGCAUCGAGCAAGACUACAGCGCCCCGAGAGGGGUCCGGCCAACACCAGUUGAACUCUACAUGAUACCGGUGCCUUGAA